AUGGCUGCUUCAUCUCGAUCAACAGGGAAGAGACUCCCGAUUAGUUGUCAAGCAUGUCGAACAAGAAAGAUUCGGUGUUCUCGUGAUGGUCGUCCAUGCACAACUUGUGUACGACGAGGCCUAGGUGCUGAAGAUUGUAUCUACCUUGGUCAGCCUCGUCUAUCAACAGAACAGUCUCAAUCAGGAGAUUCCAAUGUUCAGAAUGAGCUGCUUGCACGGAUCCGCAACUUGGAGGGUCUGCUGCAAAAGCAGAUGAUGAACUCACAGGCCACAACCCCCGUGGCAGGUGCCACCUCCCCACAGGGAGCUGUCAGUGCUACGGGUAGCUACUCAGAGUCUGAUGUGGGUGCGGGUAUGGAACCAUGGGACUUCCGCAGUACCAUGUUUGGUAAUGUUGGAUCCCUUCAGACAUCUUCCUCGGGUCAUGUCCGUUACGUCCCACUCGCUUCACAGUGGGAAUCUGUUGUUGCUAAGAGCCCCGCUGCGGAGUGCUUGCGGGACUCCGACUCGGAUAUUGUGGAUGACGACGAUCUUCAAAUUCCAUUAGCUCGAAAUGGCAGUAUCUCCCGUACUGAGCUGCUGGCAUUACUUCCCCCUGGCCGUUACUGUGAUAAUUUGAAAGAAGUUUACUUCCGUGUCUUUUCACCGGUCUUCCAUAUUCUCCAUGACUUGACCUUUGAGGCCGAGUACCAACAGUUCUGCCAUGAUCCAGGUAGUGUCUCUACCUCAUGGCUUGCUCUUUUGUUUGCCCUCCUCGCUAUUGCUGUCAGCGCACUAGACGACGAUGACCCUCUUCUAUCCGACCUUGGUCGGGAGAGGACAGUAAGCCGCAACAUCAAAGCACUGUCAGCACGAUAUCGCUCUGCUUCAUUGAGAUGUCUGGCUGCAGAUGGUAUCAUGACUCGACACUCCAUCAACUCACUUCAAGCAUUGGUCCUCGUCAGCUACGCACGGCUCCACCGUGGUUUACCUUUCUGGACCUUGCUGGGACUCACACAUCAUGUUGCUAUCUCCAUGGGGUGCCACCUCGAUCCAGAGAGAUUCUUCCUGGGCCCAAUUGAGCGUGAAGAAAGGAGACGAGUCUGGACUGGGUUGAUGAUGCUCUACACCAUUCACAACACAUCCUUUGGCAGUCUUGAUCAGCAUCUCCUCACUCAAGAUGUGAGAAUGCCAGCUGAUAUCGAUGACAUUGAUCUCCUUACUGGAUCCAGCAACUCCAUUAGCUCCGAUCUAUCCGUCUCUCCUACUGCCAGUCGACCCACACAAAUGACCUUCCUCCUCUUGAACUUCCGACUCUACAAACUCUCCACCAAGAUCUGCGAAUCAAUCUUCACCUACCCAUAUGCAUCCCGAUUUUCCAUUACCCAGCUUGAAGCCGAGCUGAUGGGACUUCGCGAGAUCAUCGAUGCGCGAUAUCGCGCUGAUCCAAGUCAAGAACCUCUUCCCGUGCACCAUCAAGCCAACCUCAACAUCCUCUACAGUCAAAUCCAUCAACUCUACCUCCUCCUCCUCCGCCCCAACCUAUGUCGCUUGCUUCAGGGCGAGAUUGCUCCAGAGACAAUUGAUGCACGAAACAAGUGCAUAAAAUCUGCCAAGGCAGCUCUAUCAAUUUUCCAAACUCUGUUAGAGUCAUCUCAAUUCACCCCUUACAAAUGGUAUACCAGCGGUCUUGGCAGUUUUAACGCCUUCCACGCCGCAGUGACUCUAGCAGUGGGGCUUCUGCACUCAGAAAGCCAAGCCGAGUUCGAGGAAACAAAAGAGAUCCUCAGCAAGGCUCUGGAUAUGUUUGCUUCUCUAUCCGUGCGGAGCGUAUUCUGCAGCAAGGCAGUUCCAGUUGUUCGACAGAUCAUUGAUGUUAUCUCAACACAAUAUCAUCAGUCUCAGCAACAAUCUCAAACCCAGCUUCAGUUCCAGCAAACUCAAGCUCAGAUGUUUGCGGCUUUAGCACCAACUAUGUCCACAGUCACUAUGCCCGAGAACUUCAUGCACUCUCAAGCACAAUCUCCAGUACCAACUGUUGUGUCUUCUGCCAGUGACCCGACAAUGCAAUCGAGCUUUGGCAUCAACAUGCACCCUCAGCAUUGGAUUGGCCCCACUUCUGUUCCAUGGGAUACCCUCGGCGCUGGGAUGCAGUAUAGCUUUGACUCUGAGAUGGCAUAG